AUGGAUUCGUCUUACGAAUUUGCUACAGAGAUCGCUUCCAAUGCGUCGGCGUCAUUGCCAAAGGCGCAGGACUUUACUCGCCAUCUCAAUCAAGUCAGCAAGAAUCGACUGGCCAGUACGCUCAAGGAGCUUUAUAAAUACCAAGGGGUUCCAGGAAUGGUGAGUUCAGCAUCACGAAGGUUCUUGCUAACGUAUUUAGAUUGUCAUGGCAGGAGGUGGGUAGAAAUUCAAGUGGAAUGUAGCUCAUGUUUAGGUAUCCCUCACCCUCAAGUAUUCCCUUUCGAAACUUUGUCGGCUACCAUCUUAGCGCAUGACGCGUUCCCCCUUGAUCCUCCUCGGGUUCCCAAGAAAAGUAAAUCGUUGCUCUCUUGGCUUUUUCAAUCUGCCUCACCUACAACAUCGUUCACGAUCCCCAAGUAUGUGCCCAACCCGACUCCAACCACCAUCCAGUUGUCAACUUCCCUUCAAUAUGCGGCGGCGACUGGUCCUCCUGCUCUCCCACUCUUCUUGAGAGAGUAUGUAGCAAAGGUAUAUAAGCCUGCAUACGCAGAUUGGGAUGUCUUGGUCAAUGUCGGAAAUACGGACGGAUGGUCAAAGAUCAUCAAUCUGAUCGCUGAAAAGGGCGAUGCUGUUCUAGUGGAGGAAUGGACUUAUCCAUCGGCCGUAAACUCCUUCCUCCCCUAUGAAUGCGAGCCAGUUGCUAUCAAGAUGGAUGCGGAAGGUAUGUCUCCGGAACAUCUGGAAGAGGUUCUCGGUGGAUGGGAUGAGGAGAAGAGGGGUAAGAGACGACCUCAUAUCAUGUAUACCGUCCCUACUGGACAAAAUCCUACCGGAGCGACUAUGAUGGAUGAUAGGAAGAAGAAACUCUAUGAUAUCUGCUACGUGAUCAUCUGCGAGGACGAACCUUAUUACUGCUUGCGUCUCGCUGAAGCCGAGAAGAAAGAAGGAUCUGACGGGAAUGCGGCAUUCAUCAAAGCACUCCCGCCCAGUUACCUCUACUUUGACACGGAGGGUCGAGUCAUUCGAAUGGAUACCUCUGCUCCCGGAUCAAGAUUGGGAUGGAUCACUGCCAACCCACAAUUUAUUGAAAGGUUGACUCGGAUCUCGGAGACCUCAACCCAAGCACCGAGCGGUUUCGCCACAGCACUCACGACGACAAUGCUCGAGAAAUGGGGCUUUGAAGGUUAUAUUCGAUGGCUUCGAGGUAUCAAGGCGACUUAUAAUAUGCGAAAGACUUGGAUAUGCGAUGCGUUCGAAGAUACAUUCCAUUUAGAGUUUGACCAAAGCAAAGGAUUAUUUCCGAGUGGAAGUAAGACUAUCACCUGUUACUCCAAACAGCCUCAAUCCGCUUGGGACGAGAAGAAAGGUCUUCACGGGCCUGGUCUUGUCACUUUCGUACCUCCGACGGUGAGUACAUGUUGUUACAAUAGAGCUGAUGUACAGGUUCUAUUCGCGCCCGGGUGGUAUUUUGACGGUGGUGGUGAACACGCCAUCGGGGGUCCAGGUUACGGCUACUUCCGGUUGUCAUUCUCCAUUGCCACUUAUGAGGAGACCUAUAAAGCCGUGCAGACUUUCUCUCAGGUGCUCGACAAGUUUUUUCAGUUGAAGUGA